GCCAUUUGGUCUCAGCACACAUACCUCAGGCAAGUCCCCAGGAUUUUCAGAGGUGUUUUUUUUUUCCCCAGUGAUGGAUUUGGGGAAUCCUAGAAUUUCUGGGACACUGUAGCAAUCUGGACAGUUUUUGAGUGCCAACUAUGCACCAGCCACUAUCCCUUAGUGCCUGUGAUGCACCAGCCACUCUGCCUCUGUGGCUGGUAAAGCAAAAUACCGGGUUCAACCACAAACAAAAAGGACAAAAACCUUUGCCCUCAUGGAGCACAAACAGAGGGGGAAACAGAUCCCCCUCUUUUAUGUGAAUUAUUUUAUGUAAAUAAAAGCUUUAGUAUGUUGGGUCAUGCAGGUGUAAGGAAAACCAGCAUUUCACCCUCGGAGGCAUGAACUCGUGGCUGUCACACGGCAGGCGGUGCACACCCCCAUGCCAACGAGAGAAAGCUUUCCGGCGCGUGCUCGGCGCGUGCUCGGCGCGCAUGCCUGCUUGCGGGGAGACUAGAGGCCGUUCCCAGAGCCGCGGUGCACACGCCGCAGGCCGGCCAGGGAACGAAGAUGAAUACAGCAGAGGUCCUCGCGUAAGAAGCCGCCCCAGGUGCCUCAAACCCAAAAGGAACGCACGAGGUACCAGGGGAGGUUUAAAGGCACAGCUCUAAAGUUUCCUCAGUUUCGCCUAAUGUCUCAGCUGUGAUGAAGUGGCUCAGCCCACUGGGGGCCUUCGAUGUGGAGGAAGGAACCUGUGGAACAGUUUUGUUGUGAAGAGAGCUUCCUGUGUUCCGGGGCACACCGCGUCAGUCUCCUCAGCCCUUUGAGUGACAUCCCUUUGAGUGAUGGGCUCUUGCAACAGAUGGAGAAAUUGCUCCUGAUUCUAAGGAGGAGAACCUUUAUGUUCAAGUCUUUGCUGUAAAACUGAACAUUACUCAAACAAGAUAUUAUCCAAAUAUCAAUGCAGAUCCAGAUCCUCUGAACUUUCCUCUUCUGUGAUUCAUCACAGAUGCCAUCAUUUGUUUUCUGAAAGCCCCCAGGAACAUGGUGUUUUGUUACUGGGGACAAGACCUGAUUCUCGAAUUGCCAUAGCAACAACCAUCUAGAGCCAUCAGAAGAGUGACUACCUUCAUGCUGAGCUAGAGGCACUUGAGUACACUUGAGAUCCAUCUGACCCAAUUCCUCGUUCCAAGGUAGAAUGAAGCCACACCAGAUUUUGUGACUUCAAGGUCUCUCAUUACCUGUGCCCAGAACACCUGAUUAGAUUCCAUGGCGAGUACAAAUAACGUGACCGAGUUAAUUAUCGUCGGUCUUUUCCAGGAUCCAGAGGUGCAGAGAGGGUGCUUUGUGGUGUUUCUUCUGGUGUACCUGGCCACAGUGGUGGGCAAUGGUCUCAUUGUUCUGACAGUCAAUGUCAGUAAGAGUCUGCGUUCCCCCAUGUACUUCUUCCUUAGCUACUUGUCCCUGGUGGAGAUUACUUACUCCUCCACUGUUGUCCCUAAAUUCAUGACAGACUUACUUGCCAAGAUUAAAACCAUCUCCCUGGAGGGCUGUGUGGCUCAGAUAUUCUUCUUCCACUUCUUUGGAGUUACUGAGAUCUUCCUGCUGACGGUAAUGGCCUAUGACCGCUACGUGGCCAUUUGCAAACCCCUUCACUACACAACUAUCAUGAGCCGGUCUGUGUGUCGCCUUCUGGUGGCUGGAUCCUGGCUCGGGGGCUUUUUUCAUUCCAUGGUCCAGAUUAUUAUCACUCUCCAGUUGUCUUUCUGUGGUCCCAAUGUGAUUGACCACUACUUCUGUGACCUCCAUCCCUUAUUCAAGCUUUCCUGCACUGACACUUCUGUGGAGGGGGUUAUUGUGUUGGCCAACAGUGGAUUAUUUUCUAUCUUCUCCUUCCUCCUCCUGGUGUCCUCCUAUAUUGUCAUCCUGUACAACCUGAGGAACCAUUCUGCAGAGGGGAGGCGCAAAGCCCUCUCCACCUGUGCCUCUCACAUCACAGUGGUCCUCUUGUUCUUUGGACCUGCCAUCUUCCUCUACAUGCGGCCUCCCUCUACUUUCACUGAGGACAAACUGGUGGCCGUGUUCUACACAGUUGUCACCCCCAUGCUGAACCCCAUCAUCUACACACUCAGGAAUGCAGAGGUGAAAAAUGCCAUGAGGAAGCUGUGGGGGAAGAGAAUGAAUUCAGGGAGAGACUAAAAAUGAAAGCAUGAAAAAAUUAUCAUGUCUAAGGGGUGACCAAAUAUGCAUUCUGAUUUCAGUCAAGUCUGAGGGAUUGAGGAAAAGUUAACCUGUUUGUCUAUAUAUACAUAUAUAGAUUUAUAUAUUUAUAUUUUGUAUUUAGAUGAGCCCCUUAUAUCCCACUGCACUAAUCACAGCUGCACCAAUUCAUUGCUGUCUGCAGUUUGGAGGAUGUUUUGGAGAAGAGCUGCAUCUCUUCUCUUCUUCUGGUGCCCAUAGUUGGAAGCCCCACAGCCUUCAGGGAGGGAUUACCUAGACUGUGAAUUCCCACCCUGUUGUUUUCUACCUGUGCAACCUUGGGUUCAUCCGCUUUGCCUCUUGGUGUUAGCACGCUGUGGGGUAUGGAAAGUCCGUGGCACUUGGAGACAGAAGUUUAUGUUUUGCUUUGUCCUUUUCUGAUAGUGUUGUGACAUCUUGUGGGAGUCCCACGGAGGCUUUUAUACUUCAUUUGGUACCCCUGCUUUAUUUACCUGAUUCUAAUGCCUGAAAUUCCUCAUUAUGAGCCUUAUUUCACAGGAAUAAGAUAUUGUUAGAACGGAAAUGUCUCUUGGAUGUGAAAUACAGUGAAGGUGUUGUUAACCAUUAAUUUGGACAAUUUUAGAAGACCUUUUUAUUUCUAGACAGUUGCUGUCUGGGCACUGGGGUGUUGCUUAAGCCAGAUACAGCUCAUUGCCUGUUUUUUUUAUGGCCUAAAAACCAACAUGGU